UCGCGAUCGUGAUUUUCCACCAGGAUUCAACAUGGUGCGAAUUAAUGUUUUAAGCGACGCUCUAAAUUCCAUAUGUAAUGCUGAAAGACGAGGAAAGCGUCGAGUUCUUCUGCGGCCCUCCUCGAAGGUCAUAGUCAAGUUUUUAACCGUAAAGAUUAAACACGGUUAUAUUGGUGAAUUUGAAAUUGUGGAUGAUCACAGAUCAGGCAAGAUUGUCGUUAACCUUACAGGACGAUUGAACAAGUGUGGUGUCAUAAGUCCUCGUUAUGAUUUGAAGGUUCAUGACAUUGAACAGUGGGCAAGCAAUCUUCUACCAUCAAGACAGUUUGGGUACCUUGUGAUCACCACGUCAAGUGGCAUCAUGGACCACGAAGAAGCCAGAAGAAAGCACACUGGUGGAAAACUUCUUGGGUUUUUCUAUUGACCAA